AAAACAAAUACNGUGAGGGUACUUGGCAGGUCUGCUUUCCACGACACCGCUUUGACCUCCUCUGGUGAUCUCAGCUACCUUGGAGGAGAGUGGAGGCGGGAGGUUGCUUUUGCAGGGUUUGAUGUUCCAAUACAAAUGGAUGUUUCGGCAGAGAAAAUGGUAUUUGGAGUAGCAGGUAUUGAUCCUCAAAGAAGAGCUGAACUAAUCAAGGUCUUAGAUAUUGAUCUGUCAUGGAGAAUGCAUAAGGUAUCUGAUGGUCAGAGAAGACGUGUUCAAAUUUGUAUGGGUCUCCUCAGGCCUUUCAAGGUCCUUCUUCUGGAUGAGAUAACAGUUGAUCUUGAUGUGCUAGCAAGGGCUGAUCUCCUCAAGUUUCUGAAGAAGGAAUGUGAAGUGCGUAGUGCCACAAUUAUCUAUGCUACCCAUAUAUUUGACGGUUUGGAGAACUGGCCAUCUCAUAUUGUGUAUGUGGCUCAUGGGAAGUUACAAUUGGCAAUGCCAAUGAAUCAAGUUAAGGAGAUUAGCAAGCUGUCACUAAUGAGAACAGUGGAGAGUUGGCUGAGGAAGGAAAGAGAUGAGGAGAGGAAAAGAAGAAAAGAAAGAAAGGCAAGUGGUCUUGCUGAAUUCGGAGAACAAGUUGAGGGAAGCCGUGUAACUGGGGAUCCAGCUCGUGCAGCCGUUCGUGCACUGAACAACGGUUGGGCUGCAGGAAGGCUGCAGUCCACAGUUGCUGGUGAAGAGAACUUUUUCUUGAGCUCAAACAGAGUUCUGAGGUAGUUGAUGAAGUUAUCUCAAAACAAGUUCUCGGAUUUUUCCACAAUUCAUUUCAAUAAUUGGUUCUUUACCCAGAAUUACACAAUAAGUCAAAUGUUGCUAGAUGAAUGGCAUCACCUAGUAGCAUAGUUUGCUUAUAGUUCCAUUUACAUAUUUGUUCAAUCUUUUUACAAUUUGUCUUUCGAUGUGAGCAUAUAGAUCAAGUAAAAUAUAUCCAACAAAUAUCAGUAAGUUACUUGGUGAAAAUUAGACAGAUGUUGGAUUCAUGAUUUCUUUGUACCAUCAAAAUAUUACAUCAAUAAAAUAACAAAGAUUAUGUUGUA